AUGGAAGGGAAGACAGCGUUACUUCUGGAAAUGAGCCAGUGGAACUCUAAUGACCUGGUGGAGCAGUUUGAAACAAUGGGACACCUGGAGCACUCCAGAGAGAGCCUGUACAGGCUGCGGCAGCCUCGAUGCACGCCACAGAGCAGUGUGGAUGGAUUGGAAGACAUGGUGAGGAAGUGCAGGACACAAUUGCUCAUCCUGGUGAUUCAUGGAGGUCAUAUCUUGGAUUCCGGAGGUGGCGACCCUGGAGGAAAGGCAGGUGAUGCUGCCACUCUGGCCUCCGUGUUGGAGCGUGUGGCACAGGCGCACUUCCAGGCAGCAGCAGACAGCAUGCUGGUCAGACUGGUGCCCUGCCCGCCCGUGUGUGCUGAUGCCUUCUCUUUGGUCUCAAAUUUGAAUCCAUACAGCUAUGAUGAAACCUGCGUGUCCAGCAGUGUGGAUCACUUGCCACUGGCUUCCCUUCCCAUUCUGGCCAUCGCUGCCCCUCAUUACCAGAAUGCUGUAGCAGCGGUCAUUGCUCAGGCCAAUCAAGUUUACAAAAACUUCCUUCAGUCAGCAGAAGGUGUGGGCUUCACAGGACAGGUGUGCCUGGUCGCAGAUUGUGUUGGUGGGGUUCUUUGUUUUGACGCCUUGUGUUUCAGUGGUGACAAGCAACACAAAAGUCCUGAGGGUGGCAGCAUGAAGAACAGUACAGAGAGUCUGAAGGAAAAGCCAGGUGUGGUGAGAUCUCUGAGCCCCACUCUCCGAGGCAGCAAGCGCCUGAGUAAGAGCAACAUUGAUGUGUCAAUCCCAUGUGAUGCACUGUCUGGAGACCGCCAUCCACUCACCCAUAAGCAAAGUGACUCAUGUGAUGCAGACGUGGCCAGUGGUCAGCGUGAGGUCUUUAUCGGCAGCUUGAAUCUCUGGCACUUGACAGGUCAGCCUGGCAGGUCACCUGUGCCACUGCAGUCUCUCAAAUACAUCAAACCAACCAAGACCGACGAUCCGAGAGACGCACUAAGAGACACCAGAGGGCGGCUGGUACCCCCCUGGUAUCUGGUUUCCGUUGCUCCAUCUGCGGAAGAGUGUGCAGCUCAAGGAUCGGACUCGAUGCCCACGAGAAGUGGCACCAGCGGCAACAUCGCUGAACCCACCCCCUUCCCACUCCCAUAUCUGGAGCAAGCGUCAUCAUCGAACAUGAUGGACAGCUAA